GGCUCUGGCAACAGUUUUACGAAAAUGCAGUUCGGCUAUGGAAGUGCAGCUCUACUUUUGGCAGCCUGCUGCCUGUGCACGGCGGGGCACGCCUGCAAGACCAUCGAGCAGCGCUUCAAGUUCGGCAACAGCGACAUCUAUUUGAGGCUUCGACGUGGCGGCAAGCUGCAAUACGAGCUGAUGAAGGGCAGCAGCUUGCUGCAGACCGUGACCUUGGAUAACUUUGUCACCAGCAGCAACCUGGAAGCCACAUCGACAGGUGGCUUCAAGCUGAGCGAUGGCAGCACCACCAUCGAAUUUAGCUUGGUCCUAUCCAGCAGCAGUGUGUCCCAUGUCCGUGUGGUUCGCGAUCAAGUGGUGAAGGGCACCCAGCCCAGGGAUUGUGUGAGGCUGAAUAAGGGACGCGUCCAUUGGUUUGGUGGCUCGGAGCAGAAGCAACACUAUUGGCCCGUGGAGCGUCAGCAAUAUAGUAACUUCUCGUAUGUGCCCAAGGAGUGGGGUAAUAUGGGCGUGGCAGAGCGGUACUGGCUGAACAGCGAGGGCUUCUUCCUAUUCGUGGAUAAUACAACUCCGCUGUUUAUUGAUCAGAAUGCAGCUGGCCUGGAGGAUCAGCUCUGCAUCAGUGCAUUCAGUGCCCUGCCCUAUGACAGGCGGCUAUCCUCAUCUAAAUUUAGCUAUCACCUUGGCUUUGCCAAGGAUGCAAAGGCUGCCCAUAUGUAUGCGGUGAAGACGCUGCUAGGCAAGCCCACAGGCUAUCCCGAUGAGCGCAUGGUUCAGCAUCCGGUUUGGUCCACCUGGGCGCUAUACAAGGCGGAGGUCUCCGACGCGGUCGUGCGCGACUUUGCGAAGCAAAUUCUUGAUAAUGGCUUUGAGAACAGUCAGCUGGAGAUUGACGACGAUUGGGAGGACUGCUAUGGCGCUCUGACGUUCCGUAAAAGAAAGUUUCCAGAUGCCAAGAAACUGACAGACGAUCUCAAGGCCUUGGGCUUCAGGGUAACCCUAUGGAUUCACCCCUUCAUUAACAACAACUGCACAGCCAUCUACAAAACGGCCAAGGAUCUGGGCUAUCUGGUGGUAAAUCAAGCCGGCAGUGCCGAUACGCAGUGGUGGAACAGCAAGCCAAAGGAUGCAGCCUAUCUGGAUUUCACCAAGCCCGCAGUGCAGGAGUGGUUCACCACUCGCCUGAAACGCCUGCAGACAGAGGAUGGCAUCGAUAGCUUCAAAUUUGAUGCCGGCGAGACCAGCUGGAUACCCACAGAUCCGGUGCUCCAGGGUGAUGCAAAUGAAGCCCCGCUACAGAUUACCGCCGACUAUGUGCGCACAGUGGCCGCCUUUGGCGAUAUGGUAGAGGUGCGCUCUGGCCAGGGCACGCAGGACUUGCCCAUAUUUGUGCGCAUUGUUGACAAAGAUUCCGAGUGGGGCUGGAACAAUGGCCUGGUGACUCUGAUCACUUCGCUGCUACAGAUGAACAUGAAUGGAUAUCCCUUUGUGCUACCCGACAUGAUUGGCGGCAAUGGCUACAAUGAGAAGCCGCCCACGAAGGAGCUAUUCCUACGCUGGCUGCAGGCCAAUGUCUUCAUGCCCAGCCUGCAGUUCUCGUUUGUGCCCUGGAACUUUGACAUGGAAACUAUUGAGAUUAGCAAGACCUUCACCAAGAUGCAUUCCGACUAUACGCCCUACAUAAUGAAGAUGUUCAAGCGCGCCACGGAAACUGGCGAACCUGUCAACGCUCCCCUCUGGUGGAUUGCGCCCGAUGAUGUAGUUGCUCAGAGCAUCUACGAUGAAUUUUUGCUGGGCGAUGACAUCAUUGCAGCUCCGGUUAUUGUGGAAAAUGCUCGAAAUCGCGACAUUUACUUGCCCGAGGGAGAGUGGACCGAUGGAAACACCGGGACCAUCUACAAGGGUCCCGUCUGGCUCAUGGAGUACUCUGCACCACUGGACACAUUACCCCACUUUGUGCGCGUGGGCUUUAAGUUGGAAUAAAUGAUGACGGUUUCCAAGCGUAAAUUUUUUUA